GCAGUCAAUCAGAGCUCCGCUAUCGUGACCCUCGUCUCCCUGCUCUGCUCUGUCAUCCGAGGCGGCACGAACAGUCACCAUCGCAAAGGGUACUGCUACCAUAUUCACACUCAAUUGACGAGCCAGCUAUUCUGACCAACGCUCCCGUCUCCAGAGCGACCGAGUCAUUUUCGCACAACUCCAUCACUCGACCACUCCUUUUUCGGACCUCGAUCGGAGGUCAAAGCCAAUUCGAAACUCUCUCGUCGUUUUCGAGCGCCGCUCUUCUUCUACCUACGACCUUACCUAGCCGUUCGAGCCUACCAAGUCCUCACAAAUGGCGGCCGAAACAACCACCGCCAUACUCGCUGCGCCCAGCGCAACAACCGCCGAAAUCACCCCUCUCCCAGCCUUCUCUCCCGACCUCUACCAACGCGCCUGGGCCUCCAUCCCGCACCCCUCCCUCCCCCUAAUCGCCACCUGCCACGCCCACUCCGUCACCGUCUUCUCGCUGUCCACGCUUUCCAAGCACUCCGUCCUGACAGGCGGCCACACCCGCUCCGUUCGCUCGGCAGCCUGGCAACCUCCCCGCGGCAAGGUUUCUGGAAAGGAAGCCAAGAGGCUGCGAUUGGUCACGGGCAGCUUUGAUACGACGGCGGGCGUGUGGACCUGGGAUCAGGGGCGGAGAGAGGAGAGGUUGGAAAGGGAAAUCAGGUUGCAAUCUGGAGAGGAUAACAAAGAGGCAGAAGAGGAAGAAGAGGCGGAGGAUGAAUGGGAACUGACCCUCGUACUGGAAGGUCACGAAAACGAAGUCAAAAGCGUCAACUACUCCCCCUCGGGUCAGUACCUCGCUACAUGCUCUCGAGACAAAAGCGUGUGGAUUUGGGAAGACGUCGGGAACCCGAACCCGUCUUCUGAAGAGGAGGAAGAAGAGGAAGACGAAGAUGAAUGGGAGACGGUAGCCGUACUACAAGAGCACGACGGCGACGUCAAAGCUGUGGCCUGGUGUCCUGACGUUCCCGGCCGCAAGGGCAAGUACGCACCGCCGAGAAGGUACGGGGAUGACGUUUUGGCGAGCGCCAGCUACGACAAUACGGUGCGGUUGUGGAGGGAGGAUGGAGAUGGCGAGUGGGUGUGCGUUGCAGUUCUGGAGGGGCACGAGGGUACCGUGUGGGGAGUGGCGUGGGAGGGGAGGCCGAGGGAGAACGACAAGUUCCCGAGGUUGUUGUCGUGGGGCGCGGACGAGGUGAUUAGGGUUUGGAGUCUGAAGGAGCCGGAAGAGGAGGAACAUGGGGAAGGUGCGGCUGGUGGUGGCAACAACACCUGGGGAUUUGGGGUGCCGAACACCAUGCGCCGAUCCCUCAAAGAGGAGUGGGAGUGCACGGCUGUAUUGCCCAAGGUGCACAAGGGAGAUAUCUACUCGGUUGCGUGGAGCACGGAGACGGGGCUGUUGGCUAGCGUGGGAAGUGAUGGUGUUUUGGCGCUGUAUCAGGAGACUGCCAACACCACAGAGAAGAAUGAGGAGAACGAGACGAACGGCGAGGCGCCAACAACAACGUCUGCUGGUGGUUGGAAGGUUCUCACCACCGUCAAGGGCGCUCAUGGACCAUACGAGAUCAACCACAUCACUUGGUGUAAGCGGUACGAUGCAGGAUCGGAACGCAAGGGCGAGGAGGAGAUGUUGGUCACGACGGGUGAUGAUGGUGUUGUCAGGCCUUGGCAGGUUAGGAUACAAUGAGAGAAGAAGGGGGUUUGCUGAGGGUUAUUCUGCGGGUCACGUUAAUACUGGAAGUUCAGUUUACGGACAAAAGAAAUGGACAUGUAUCAGGAAUGCUGAUUAGCAUAAAGUAGAGCGAUACAUGCCGGUUGGAACUAUGAUACCCCUAUAUAAAAUCGAUAUAGGACUUGCCACACUGCCAUUUCCAUGUCAAGUCGUCAACGGGAAAGUGACAAAAUACGUUACGAUGAG